AUGGGAUUGCUGUUUGCGAAAUUGUUUAGCUGGUUUAGUAACGAAGGUAAGACAUAAGCUUAAGUUAUCCUUUUGGUGCGUGUUGUACAUGCAUACGAAUGAUGUUCUUCUCAAUUUUAACUUUUGUCUGUAACUGUUAUCUUUUACCGAUGUUCUUUGGAAAGUUUAGUUUAAUAAGAUGGGUCUUGAGACGUCUUUGAAACGAAUGACAGAGUUGAACUACAGAAUUUAUGUCGGUACUCUUUAUGGGCAUUGAUCCCGAAAAGAAACGAUCUUGAAUUGUAUGAUUAUCAAAAUUGGAUGAAUCAAAUUUUGAUUAUAUUGAGUAGUGGCACGUUCCCAGUAAUAUUUAAAAAUGAUUAAGGCUCUGACUUUGAGUAAUUUUUCUCAUUUUCUCUUUUUAUUCAUGUCUGACGAAAAAAAAAAUUGACCAAAAAGAUGUAAUCAUUGGACAUACGAUAUACUGUACUGGUAGAUCGCCAAAUUUUCUCGUCAUACCAUCUUGAGCAGAGUAUAUCUAUGGAACGAGAGGAGUGAAUCCUGAAUCCAUUUUAUCUUUCAUAUUAUGUACGUGAAAAGGGUCAACAGAAUACUUAAUAAUAGGAAGAAAUUAGUCACAAUCACGGCAGGUUACAUAAGUGCCCUCGCAAAUAUAAAAUAAUUUACACAAAUAAUUAUUGUUUUAUUUGGGUUGUAUUACGGGUCCAGUUGGAACAAACAUUUCCACAGGAGGCACUACUUGAUCUUUAAGAUGGUCAGCAGGAAAUUAAAGAUUCUAAUAGUUAUAAUAAACCUAAGCCCCUUUGGUGUGUAUGUUUUUUUUUUGUCUGUAUGAGUGUAAGUAUUGUUUUGUCUUUUUUGGGGGGGAGGCGCGAGGGGGGGAUUUUCAUCCGUGUGGUCAGAGUUGUCUCUCAAUAAAGUCACUUUUCUUCAUUUUACUCUAACUGUGCUCACACCUUUGAAUUUGAAUGUUAAAGCUGUUUAAAAGCACAGCUUUAAAGACCAAUCCCCACUUGUAACACAGGCGUAAACAUAUAUAUGAACCUAAAUUCAGAUGUCACGUGCAGAUACAGAAGCAAAAAAUUCGAUUACUACUUAUGUUGAUGCCAAAGUUCAAUAUUUUAUUUACACAUUAAGUUUUAUGCUCUUGUUGAGUUUGUACAUAAGUUAGAUACCUACAGUUUGGAAAAACAUCUGUGUCUUUAAAAAAACUUUAGGAGAAAUCUGGUGGUAUUGUGGCUAUAUUUUUUCCCUCAGAAAAAAAGUGGAGAAAGGGCUUCUCUGAUUUUUUUCUGGGGGGAAGGCGUGGCUGUACACAGGCUAUCUUAUUGGUUCUUAAUUUUGUGGGUCUUCAAAUAUUUCACAAUUUUGGUGAUUGUAAACAAAUCACAAAAUAAAAGACCUUCAAUUUAAAAUCCUCAGGAAAUUUAAAUCCCUUUUUAAAUUGCAAAAAUAAAACCCAGCGAAAUACUGUCUGCCAAAAUGGUGAAAUUAAGUACCUGCAAAAUUAUACGAAUAAGGUAUAGUUGCAUAUUAUUUUAGGAAUUACUUGUUUGGACUAUUUAAACAACUCUGGCAGAAUGUUCUUACACCUGUGUCCACUCUUUUCAAUUUUGAGUUCCCUGGCAUGCACUUCUGUUAUGCUUCAGUUUUGGCUGGUUUUUUCAUUUUCAAGUGUGAUCAGAAAAGGUGGUUACCCUGUUAGAGGUCAUGUUUAGGUUUCUGGGAAACUGUCCACCUACCCCUCCCCUAAGCCAACAUUUUACCCUUAGUUAGAAGUAAGUGUUUAAUGUUGGCUUAGGGGAUGGGUAGCAGGGGUCAAAAUAAUUUUUGGACAGUGACCGGACACGGUGACCAGCCAAAGAAAUUUUUGCUCGGUCAUCUCAUUUUUUGACCUGUCAAAAACUUGGAAAAAAGGUUAACUAAUCCUUGUGUAAUUUAAUCAGUGAACAUGAUCUAACGUGAAAUCUAAGAUUUACAGUCAACGUGACCAGAGAGUAGAGCUUUUGGCUGGCCAAGAUGGCAUUUUGGCCGGACAUUGUCCAUUGACUGGCCAUUAUUUUGUGCCCUCGGUAGGUGGGAAGUUUCCCAGAAACCUUAAGUGAUCCCUAAAUUGUCCAGGUUUCUUUGGUUUCAGGAAGAAUGGUUAAAUGUGUUCAAAGUUGCUAAAUUUCAUACACUCAGGGCUGUCAUUAAGAGCCGGGGGGCCGGGAAUAUUUAUGCCUUAAACACACAGCUUUUGAAAACAGCCACCUCUCAUCAUUCUUCAUUGCUGAGAGGGUUUCACCUGAGGAAAAUUUCAUAUGGGUUUGUUGUAUUUUUCCCAGCAAAUUGAAAUCAUAGUGACAACACAGAUACACCUAUCAAUAUUAUAGUCAUUUAUGUACUUCAUUCUCCUUAAUAGAACACAAGGUGAUAAUUGUUGGGUUAGACAAUGCUGGAAAGACAACAAUUUUAUAUCAAUUGUGAGUAUUUAGAAUUUCAUAUUUAUUUCUUAGUAGAAGGUGUGCUUUAUGGUCAAUAAAAUAUGUGCAUGUACAGUGUGUGAUCUUUUUCUAGUGAAACUCUCUGUUUUCACUGCACGCCAUCAAAAAUAAAAGUGCACCCAUUCAAUACAGAAUGUCCAGAAUCUGGAAAAUAAAAGAAGAUAAAAUACAAAAAGCCUCAUCAAACAUCAGGUCUGUGUGAUAUUUCAUUUGCGAGAUAUUUGGAAAAACGAUAUACCCAAAUUUAUAAAGCUUUGUAUGGAGACGCCAUGUUGGUGUCCCUUCAAGAAUAGAAAAGUUGUCUGUGGUACAAUGUAUUAGUGCAGCUACAAUCUUUAGCAGCCUUUCUCCCUUGUUCAAGGGUUUUCUAGUAAUUGAACGAUCCCCUAAUUUUCUGGUUGAUCAGUAACAUAAUUAUCAUGAAAAAAAUCAUCAUCAUCAUCAUUAUAAUUUAUUUUGUCCUAAGCCAAGACCCCUUAGACUACAUGUAGUUCUUUACAGACCACUCUAUCAGCCUUCUCAACUUUCAGGUCCUGUACUCCAAUUCCACUUUUCCUCACUAUGAUGCUAGGAAAGGGUAAACGUGUAGUUUUUAUUGGGAAGCAGCUUUUUGUUUUUACAGGAUGAGAAAGGAUAUGAUAUUUUCCCAGGGCUGUCAUUAAGGGCCAGGGCAGGGACCAGGGAUUUCACUAUUUAAGCAUAAACCUCGGCUACUUUCUUAGAAAAAAAAAGAACCAAAAUAACUUUCUAGCUUUUAAAUUCCCAAACUGCCUAUUGUAUGUACCUGAUAAUAUAAAAACUUAGUGACAGCCCAAUUUCCAUUUUCGCAUGGUAGCAAAGUGUACCAUUUUUUGUUUUAUCAUCUGGGAUAGAUGCAGCAGAUCACCAUAGAUCUCCUCUAAGGUGAAUGAUGAGUCUGGGAUGCUAUGUUUUUAAAUAUCCUUUUUUUGCUACAGUCGAGUUUUGUAUUUUUGUAAGGCUAGUUCUUCUUGACUAAUCAGUGACUACCAUUUUGACCUAGACUGCGAGCAGUCUCCCUUUUUCUUCCGGUUUAGUAAGGGGGAGUGCACGCGUGCGAGCGGCGAAGCCGUGAGACGCACGAAACGAGGGCAGCAGCCCGAGAAGAAAAAGAGAGACUCUCUUUUUUCGUGCCUCUCCCAUCUCUCGCCAUCAGUCUCGCGUGUGGCCGUUUGCGUGUCUCGCGUUUUAAUUUGCUCGACGGACUACAGAAAAAAGAGAGACUGCUCGUAGUCUAAUUUUGACCCUCUUCAGGGUGGAGUUCAUACUGAUUCAUCCUGAAACUUGAAUAUUGUUAUGUGUACAGAGUGUCUGUCAGUAUCCAGAAAGAAAAAAAUACAGAGUUUAUACACCAGUGUAUAUACAUGACUGUACAGAUAUUGCAAAGUGCAGUAGUUAAUAUUUUUUUGUGUUGCAGUUUAAUGAGUGAAGUUGUUCAUACAUCACCAACGAUAGGCAGUAAUGUGGAAGAGGUAAGAUUAGUUGAACUGCUCAACAGCUUAUGGUACUUUUUCUGCUUUUUUUGGUUGUUGUUUUCCAAUAGCUAAAAAAAAAAAAACAUUAAACUCAAUUUCUACAAACAAAUUCUCCAGGCUGAUCUUUAUACAUUUCCUCAAAGAAUAAUUGAUAGAGGCAAGAAUGCUAAUAAUAAUAGUUUAGCAAUUAAUGAAUGAGGCUGAGUAGGAUAUGAAGAAUUAUACAGAUCAAGGAGAUGUUUAGCCUCGGUGGAUAACACCCUGUCCGAGAUCUGCAUAAUUCUUCAUAUCCUACGAAAGUCGAAUUCAUUAAUUGCUUUAUUAUUCAUUCAAAAUAAUUCCUCUUUUGAAAACAAGCUAAAACAUGCUUACCUUCGUCGAUGUUAAGUUCACAUCAGUAGUUGAUGUUAAGAAGAUAAAGGACUGUUCAGGUCUGCAAAUAUACACCAAAUAGCAGAUGUUGUCCAUUGAGUUGUCUUUCUUGCUAUGUUUUUAGACAAUAGUUCAUUGUGGAACAAGUAAAAUGUUCCGCCACUUUUGUUUUCACAACCAAAACAACUCAACCUCGUCCCCAGGUCUUCUCUGUUAACGGUGCAUUAACCUGCAACUGUGCUGCACUUUUGACGUCAUCAGUCAAUUAAUCACAAAGUUCUUCCAAAUUUGGUCAACAGUAGCUGGUUAUGGUGAAUUAUGCAUGGGCUUUUAGCCAAUCAGAAAUGGAGAAAUACUUUGAAUGAUUAAUAAAUCAUAAUAAUUAGCAUCAAAGCAUCUUCCCUUUUGGUGAUCAUUGUAUUUAUUCACAUAACCCUUUUUCUUGAUGAUUUUUCCCUACAUGGACUGAACAUCUUUUUUCUCUCUUGUUUGUGACAUUUGUGAUUUAAUUUGUCCCUGACUGAUUGAGAGUGGAGUUUAAUCUUUUCCAAUACUUUGGUUUUGUAUCGUAGGUAGUAUGGAAAAAUAUUCACUUUUUAAUGUGGGACAUAGGAGGACAAGAAUCUUUACGAUCAGCGUGGAAUACAUACUACACAAACACAGAAGUAUGUUUGAUCGUGAAUACACAUAAAUGAGAUUUAACAUCAUUACGUUGGGCCAAAUUGCCCAACUCUGCAAAAUCGUUGGCUACAAGAAAUUACCACAGUUACAUCUACAUGUAUUUUGUAAAGUAAAAAAUAAUUAUCGCCAAGAUUAGUGGAGACAGGGUUCAUGCUAUUCCUUGAAGCCCUUGAAAUUUUAGAUUUCAAAAGUGCUUGAAAAUUCCUUGAAAAGAAUUUUUUUGAUGAAAGUGCUUCAAACCACUUUAUUUCUAGUAUAUCAAAGUAAUUUCUGUGCAGUUUACCAGUGUACACUGUAAAAAAUACACCUGUAUUUCUUUGACGCUCCAGAAGCUCCCUCCAAAUCUAACUUUUACUCUUUUUCUUUUCAGUUUUUAAUAGUAGNUCUCCAGGCUGAUCUUUAUACAUUUCCUCAAAGAAUAAUUGAUAGAGGCAAGAAUGCUAAUAAUAAUAGUUUAGCAAUUAAUGAAUGAGGCUGAGUAGGAUAUGAAGAAUUAUACAGAUCAAGGAGAUGUUCAGCCUCGGUGGAUAACACCCUGUCCGAGAUCUGCAUAAUUCUUCAUAUCCUACGAAAGUCGAAUUCAUUAAUUGCUCUAUUAUUCAUUCAAAACAAUUCCUCUUUUAAAAACAAGCUAAAACAUGCUUACCUUCGUCGAUGUUAAGUUCACAUCAGUAGUGGAUGUUAAGGAGAUAAAGGACUGUUCAGGUCUGCAAAUAUACUCCAAACAGCAGAUGUUGUCCGUUGAUUUGUCUUUCUUGCUAUGUUUUUAGACAACAGUUCAUCGUGGAACAAGUAAAAUGUUCUGCAGGCUUUUCCGCCACUUUUGUUUUCACAACCAAAACAACUCAACCUCGUCCCCAGGUCUUCUCUGUUAACGGUGCAUUAACCUGCAACUGUGCUGCACUUUUGACGUCAUCGGUUGAUUAAUUGCAAAGUUCUUCCAAAUUUGGUCAACGGUAGCUGGUUAUGGUGAAUUAUGCAUGUGAUUUUAGCCAAUCAGAAACGGAGAAAUACUUUGAAUGAUUAAUAAAUCAUAAUAAUUAGCAUCAAAGCAUCUUCCCUUUAGGGGAUCAUUGUAUUUAUUCACAUAACCUUUUUUCUUGAUGAUUUUUUCCUACAUGUACUGAACAUCUUUUUUCUCUCUUGUUUGUGACAUUUGUGAUUUAAUUUGUCCCUGAGCAAUACUUUGAUUUUGUAUCGUAGGUAGUAUGGAAAAAUAUUCACUUUUUAAUGUGGGACAUAGGAGGACAAGAGUCUUUACGAUCAGCAUGGAAUACAUACUACACAAACACAGAAGUAUGUUUGAUCAUGAAUACACAUGUGUAAAUGAGAUUUAACAUCAUUACAUUGGGCCAAAUUGCCCAACUCUGCAAAAUCGUUGGCUACAAGAAAUUACCACAGUUACAUCUACAUGUAUUUUGUAAAGUAAAAAAUAAUUAUCGCCAAGAUUAGUGGAAGUCAGGGUUCAUGCUAUUCCUUGAAGCCCUUGAAAUUUUAGAUUUCAAAAGUGCUUGAAAAUUCUUUGAAAAGAAUUUUUUUGAUGAAAGUGCUUCAAACCACGUUAUUUCUAGUAUAUCAAACUAAUUUCUGUGCAGUUUACCAGUGUACACUGUAUAUACACCUGUACUUCUUUGACGCUCCAGAAGCUCCCUCUGAAUCUAACUUUUACUCUUUUUCUUUUCAGUUUUUAAUAGUAGUUGUAGAUAGCACAGACAGAGAAAGACUUCCUGUAACUAAAGCAGAACUCUAUAACAUGUUGAAUCAUGAGGUAAGAAGCCUUUUCUUUGUACAGUCGACUCUCUUUGUCCAUCCUAUUGAGUUAUUCCUUGAACACAUUGGGCCAAUUAUUUAAACAGUUUAGCCUGUGUUUAACAAAACCGCAUUCUAAGCCAUUUUCAGUUUGCCCAACGCUUUUAUCUAAACACCAUUUUUUGUGAACAAUUGAAUUAAUCAUAAAGCAUAGACUGAAAAAGCACUUAUUUUCUUCAAUAAAACCCUUAAGAAAAAGAUCUGGAGAUCCAGCGUUUGAAUAACUGACCUAUUGCUUUUGAAUACAGCUGCCACUCGUCUUUCUCCAUUGCUGAGGGGGUUUCACAUGAGAGGUGUCUGGGUUUUUGCCUCAAAAAUUCCGUACAGGUUACGUAAAUCUACAUGUAAUUAACUGGUAGUCUUGGGUUCUAGAUGUAAAUUUGUCUGUUUCUUUUUGUGUACAGUGUAUUCUCAAAACAGUUUGGGUAAUUCGCUGCGCUGAAAUGUUUUUCUUAAAUAAAGUACAUAUAUGUUCUCAGAAAAUGCGCAUGUCUUGGUAGUUUUAGUGACAUGUUGUACAUUAUUUUGAUAUUUGUGACCUUUCAUGUUUUGUUUGUGCAUUAUUAUUUACUAUAACCGGGGCUAGUGUUGGCGAAUCUUUUUUUAUGUUAUUGUUUACAUCUUUCCUCAUUAGCAUACUACUUGACUCAUCUAAGAAGCCAGGGUCACAUGUAUAUACAAACUAAAAUCAAAAGUCAAAAGAGCUGAUUACAUUGAGCAAUUUGUUCAAUUUUCAGCUCUCUGCAAGCAAUACUGAAGAGAAUAUCAGCCAUCAAAAACUGAAAUUGCUGGGUGCCAAAAAACUUAAUGAGUCAUAUAUAUGUACAUUUUUUGUAAAAUUGUGAGUUUUCAAAACAGAAUUUCUAGGAAACCAUCAGGUACAGACUGUAUAUCGGGCUCAAAAUAUCGCUGAAAUAUAUCGCUGAAGUAGUUAUGCUCUUUCAGUAUUCAGAGAUGUUGUUUUAUUAGCUUUAUCAGAUAAUGGUGAGCAUACAGGUAUGUUAAUGAGGCAAAAAAUGUAAACCAGGAUUCACCUACAGGCAUUCUUUUUUCCAAGACGUUGACUGAUUCAAUUAUGACCUGUAAAUUACUCUUUUAUGCCAUUCAUUACUUUAGGAUUUAAGACAAGCUGCAGUGCUCAUAUUUGCCAACAAACAGGAUAUAAAGGUUUGCUAUUUUGUUUGUAUGUGUAAUCAAAUGGUGAUGAGUGAAAUUAGAGAAUAAUUUCACAAGUGUUGUGUCCAAAUCAUUAUGAUCCUCCAUGCUCUCAAAAGUUUAGAGCUUAAAUUUGGCUUAAGUUCAGAAUUUUCAGAAUGUCUCGACAAAAUACCUGUUAGAAUCCUUCUAAAUGUGCUCUUUCCUGUGUCUAGGUUUUCCAAAGCAUGUUUUAAUGCCCUGACAUUGUCAGUCAUAAAAUUUUGAAACUUUGUUGCCAUGUUGGCACUGAGACAUAUGGAAGGUUGCCAUGGCAAUUUUGUAAUUUCACAUGUGAAAUUACAAAUUAAUGUUGAAAUUUCACUCCAAGAUUAGGAGUAAUUCAUCACCCAAUAUAUAAAGUUAUUUACCUUCCAAUGCCCGAUUAAAGUUGCUUUGUGAUUUAACAAUGAUAGUUUUUGACAUGACAAAAGAACUUUACAUAGAGGAUAUUACACGGUGGCACGAAGAUACAAAUUUUAUUUUUGAGUGGCAAAACAAUAUUUUACAAACGAGCACAGCGAAUGAGUAAAAUAUUAUUUUUUGCCACAAGAAAAUAAAAUUCAUAUCUUCAAGCUGCCGUGUAAUGUUCUUUUUAUUAUAUAGACAAAAGACAUCGAUAAAACAAUAAAGAGAAAUUACCGAAAUUUCAUCAUCAAUAAACUCACGUGUGAAAUUAUGGAAAAUAAACCACUCGGGUCCCGGAUGUAGUUUUUAUGAAUUUUACGAGUGGCAUAUUUUCCAGUAAAACACUCGUGUCUAUAUAAUAAAUUGUAACAUAAGCAUUAUGUUCUGUAAGUGAGCUACAGCAAUCAUUUUAAUGAGGCUGGGAUAGUUAUUAAGCUGAGGGGUGAGGGAAUGAGUGCCCUCCUGCCCACCGCCUCUCCUCCUAUUCUAAUCCCACAAGUUUACGCAUCUCAGAUUUCACUUUUAAAUUUAAGAGUUGUGUGAACCUAACAAAGGACUGAUUUUCCUCAGGGUUCUAUGAGUGUAGCUGAGAUAUCAGAGCAAUUAAAUCUUACUUCUAUUAAAGAUCAUGGAUGGCAUAUACAGGUAUGAAAAUAAGAAUGCAGACGUUCAGUGUACUGAACAGUUAUUUGUUGGUCAAUUUUUAUUGUUAAAGAGAUUCACCAACAAAAGCCAAUGUAUUUUCAGGAGCAAAUUAACCUGUUCAGGAAAUACCAUGGAAAAAUUGACUGCCAUAUUUAUGAGAUGCUCCUAAGACUGACUUUAAACAGUUAUCAUUGUCCCACAACUUUUCACUUACAAGUAGUUAUGCACAUUCUUAAUUAAUUUUGUUACCACAGAAUUAUUAGUCUAUUUUAAUGUAAUAAUAAUGUAAUUUCACACUAUCUUUUUACUUUCUUUACUAUAUUGCUACCAAUCUUGCCAUAAUUUAGUCUUUGUUGAUGACAGUAUUUUGUUAUCACAAAGUCGUGCUUUUUAACGCUCAUUUUCAUUUUAAAUUACUUUCUGAAAUCUUUCUCUAUUAGUGUGUAUUGUUGUUUAUUUUGUCUGUUGGAUGUGUGAAUUUUUUUUAAAAGUUUUAUACUUGUAUUUAAGUGAAGCAUUCCAGGGUUCUAGGCAGAAAUGGUGAUACUAUUAAAAUUUGACCCCAAUUAACUAUUAAUAUUAAUUUAAUGAUGUUGGGUUUUCCUUGCAGGCUUGUUGUGCACUUACAGGGGAGGGGUAAGUCAAUUUGUUUUAUUGUUGUUUCUUAAAUCAAGACAAUCUAUAAACUUACCUCUUAAAGUCUUAAAGCACUCAGCAUUGCCUUGUUUUCAUUCAGAAAAAAAAUUAUGUACAUAUUACUUUGUUCAUAACAGUAUAAAAUAUUUCCUGUAUGUCAAUACAGAAAAAAAUUCUUCAAUCACCAAAAUGCUCUGCCAUCAGCACAUAUGCUCAGCACAACAAAUAAGAAAUUUCGUAGAAAUUAUAGAUUAAAGGCUGGUUUUCACUAGCGACGGAGUUAGAGUCGUAAUCAGAAGCGUACAUGUAGAACUUUAUGAUCUAGUGAAAACAGCGUUCUGAUUCUGGUUACAACUCUGUCGUUUACAAUCAAGUGAAAACUGCGUUGUCAGAGUCGGAAGCAGUUCAAGCAAAAGAACUGAACCAAUUACAAAGUGGCAAACAUGCAUUGUAUUGGUUUAUCCUUCCACUUCUGCUUCCGAUUCCGACAAUCUGGUUUUUACUAGAUUGUAAACGAUAGAGUCACAAGCAGAGUCCGAAGAAAAUGGAAAUGUUCUGAUUCUUCUGACUCCCAUUCCAUCGCGCUCAUGACUGUGCUAAAGCCUUACAACUCCAAUUUUUGAUUUUCACCAGGUCAUAAGUGCUCUUACGACUCAACUUGUCUUGCGAUUCCGACUCUGACUCCAUCACUAGUGAAAAGCAGCCUUAAAGCUAUGGGCUUCUACAAUUUUUGUUACAGCACAGCCUUGUUAAAUACAAUAAUCAAGAAAAACACAUUCUCCAGCAAGUCAUUAUCAUGUUGUUUGAAAGGACACCAGAUUUUUUUCAUAAAGUUCAAUGCAGUAAUUACAGUUAACACAUUUAUAAGUGCAGCAGGCAUUUUAAUUAAUUUGAUAAAUGCAUAAUUUUUUCUCUUUAUUUCAGGUUGUAUCAGGGACUGGAAUGGAUUACAAAUCAUAUUAGGAAGUGA